AUGGCGCUAGAUCCGCGCUUUUAUCAACACAUCGGCCAGAGCACUGGGCCUGGUUCGAUCUCCUCGGCCACUUCUUCCGAAUCCUCCGCCGUCACCGGUAUCACGACCCCCAGCGUGAUCUCGACUUUUGCAUCCGCUGCCACCCUCCGAUCUACGGCAUCAAGCCCGUCUCUUCGCGCCCGAGAGAGUAUUUCAGUCCCGGCUGGUCGCCAAGAUGGAAUCGCGAGUCCUGCGCCAGGCGGUAACGUGCGCGUCGUGGUGCGAGUUCGCAAGUUUCUCCAUCGAGAAAUCCAACGCAAGGCGCAAUGCCUGAUCUCAAUGGAUCCCCAUACACAAAUGACCAGCCUCCACGCCCCCGAACGAAGCCCUGGCGAUCAAGGAAAACCCAAGUCGCAGUCCCGUGGCAAGGUUUUGGAGGAAAAGUCGUUCACCUUUGAUAACUCCUUCUGGUCGCAUAACGAGGAGGACGAACAUUACGCCCAUCAGGAAGAUGUGUACAACUGCCUCGGCGAAGAGUUUCUGGACCACAACUUUGAAGGAUACCACACCUGCAUUUUCGCCUAUGGGCAGACGGGUUCAGGCAAGAGUUACACGAUGAUGGGCACACCAGAGCAGCCGGGAUUGAUUCCUCGGACCUGCGAAGACCUGUUUCAGCGCAUUGAAAGCUCGCCCUCCCCUGAUAUCAGCUACAAUGUUCGGGUGUCCUACUUCGAGGUAUAUAACGAGCAUGUUCGUGAUCUCUUGGUGCCCCGGACCGACCCACCACAUUACCUUCGCAUCCGAGAGUCCCCGUCGGAGGGCCCAUAUGUCAAAGACCUGACCGAGGUCACUGCGAAGAACUAUAAUGAAUUGAUGAAAUACAUGCGAAAGGGUGAUGUAUCCCGUACCACCGCGAGCACGAAGAUGAACGACACCUCGUCUCGAUCUCAUGCGGUCUUUACCAUUACAUUGAAACAAAUCCACCACGACCUAUCAACAGAUGAGACGACUGAACGUACGGCGCGCAUCCGGCUGGUUGAUCUAGCAGGUUCCGAGCGUGCUAAAUCUACCGAAGCGACAGGCCAGCGUCUUCGCGAGGGCUCGAAUAUCAACAAGUCGCUCACUACUUUGGGCCGGCUCUGGCCGAUCCAAAGAAAAGUCGAGGGGGGGCGUGGAGGCCGAAAGGCUAAGGAAUUGGUGCCAUACCGUGACUCAAUCCUGACCUGGCUGUUGAAGGACAGUUUGGGUGGCAACUCGAAGACCGCCAUGAUUGCCUGUAUCGCCCCGGCAGACUACGAAGAGACCUUGUCCACACUACGGUACGCAGACCAGGCAAAGCAUAUCCGGACCCGGGCGCAAAUCAACCAAGACCAUAUCUCGGCAGCCGAACGCGACCAGCAGAUCGCAGAGAUGGCAGAAACCAUUCGCACCCUGCAGCUCAGUGUGAGCCAAGCUACCGCCAGUCAGCGCGCGACUGAGACCCAGGAUGAACGGCUUGAGGAGUAUCAGCAAAAGGUGGACAAAAUGCAACGACUUAUGGAAGAGACCAAGAUGGUCAGCGAGUGCAAGAUUCGGCAGUUGCAGACAGAGAACGAAGCGUUGCGCAUGCACCUGAAACUGGCUCUUGAAAGCCUCAAGAACCCAAUCCCGCCAAUCAAUAUUGCGCAAAGACAACCGAGUCUCGCCUCGUUGGCGGAAGAAGAGCAGCCAUCGCACCGCGACCAGGAAAACCGCGAAGGGUCGCCUGCUUUUGAUGAAGAGCUCGAAACAGAGGUGUGGGAGGAUGACGAUACUGUCACCGGAGAUAUCAGCGAGCGGGACGCACAUCAAAUGCAGGAACGCAUGCAAGAUCUACUGGGCGACCUGAGUGUCUUCAAGCGAAAACUGGCCUCGGACCACGAACGGUUCCGUCGCAAUGAGAAACUCGAGGUUCGCAAACGAAGCGCAUUGGGAACGAUUCUCACCAAUAAUCGCUAG